UAAUUUUAAUAUCGGAUGUGACACUUUGCCAUGUAAACUCGUUCAUGGUAUUGGGUAUAAGUAACAAACAGAAAAUAGAAAUUUUGUAUUUUUUCUUUUCCUUUCAAAAACAAAACCUGUAACAUAUAGGCAUAUUUGUGUCGACAUUACCUUUACUUUUUCUUCACUCUGGGGAUUCCUUAUAAAAAAUAUCCGUACGUUUAAAAAUAACUUUAUUAUAAUAUUAUGGUAAAAUCGCUGGAUACUCCAAACUCAAUAUGAAAAUUUCCACAUAGGGUUUUCCUGUCAACACAAUGAAAUUGAAAUAAGUAUUAUUUUCAAAGGAUUUUAAAGGAAUAGAUCUAUUGUUGCCAUGGCAACGAUUGCACAUGAUGAAAUAUUUAGCCACGAUAAAGACGGGGACACGGAGCUGCACACUGCAAUAAUACUCGGCAAAACUGAUCUGGCAUUAUCUUUGAUAUCAAUCGCAACAUCUAAUACAAGUCUUUCUUUAAAGAACAACUUGAACCAGACACCUUUAUAUUUAGCAGUGAUUCUCAAUCAGCCGGAAGUUGUUAGAAGGUUAGUUGUUGGUGGAGCGGAUGUGACGUCACGAUACAGUAAUUCAAAUACCCUUUUGCAUAUUGCAUGCCACAAAGGCUACGUGUCCGUAGUUAUUUCAUUGAUAACUCCUAUACAACGUAGUGAGCUUCAACAACUUCCGUAUGAAACUUAUCAUCAAAAGAUACCCCAAGAUUUCCGCAUUUGUAACAAGGAUGGACUUACAUGUCUCCAUUUGGCCGCUUCACAAAGACAUUUCAAUGUGCUGGAACUGUUGAUUAAAUAUGAUGCUGAUGUCAAUAUGAAGGAUGGAAGGUCAUGUAGGACUGUCCUCCACGAGGCUUGUGAAAAAGGUGAUAUAAAAAUGGUUCAAUUCCUGAUUCGGAGUGAAAUAAAAUGUGAUAUAAAUGCACGUACACGUGACGGAAAAACACCGUAUGACCUCGCACGUUCCAGAGGUCACGAAGAUAUUUGUUUAGCUUUAGCUUCAGUUGGUAAAGGGGCUAUAUUGGAUCAAGAAGAAGACUGUGAUAUUGAGUUCCUUAAAUAUAGUUCUCAUGAAAUCCCCUUCACGUAUCUUUCAGAACAAUAUGAACGGUCAACAUCGAUGGAGAGAGAAAAUGUGAAUCAUUUAUGCCAGCAACAGAAUACAAGUCAAGGUGAAACGAAUAGGAAAAAACACUUCGCUGCUUGUUCUGACAUAUUGGAAUACGUUGACGACACUCGAGAGGACCAGUGCUCGGACAGGAUGACAUUUGAUAUAGACGCUGUAGAUAUUUAUUCUAAGGACAAAGACGGUGAUACGUUAUUACAUAUAGCAAUUAUUCUACCUAUAACAAUGUAUAUACAGUUAUUUAUUUCAAAAGCACCAGGUCGUAAAUGGUUGUCUUUGAAUAACUUGUUAUUCCAGACACCUUUACACUUAGCCGCUAUUACUAAUCAACCGGAAGUUGUAAGACAGUUAAUAGUUGCGGGAGCGGAAGUGGAAUCACGUGAUAGAGAGGGAAAUACAGCUUUACAUAUAGCCUGUCGUGAAGGAUUUCACCAUGUAGUACAAUGUUUGCUACGACCUGUAUCAGAGAGUCAUCACAACUGUCUACGUAUAACAAAUAUUCCUCAAGAUCUGUCUAUAAAAAUUACGAUGGUGUUACAUUUCUUCAUUUACCUCAUUGCCAGUGGUAUUAAUGUUAAUAUGAAGGAAGGUAAAGCAGGUAGAACUGUACUGCAUAAUGCUUGCCAAAAUGGUAACAUUACUCUUGUCAAGUUAUUACUAAAACAAAGAAAUUGUGAUAUAAAUGCACGUGCCUAUGAUGGUAGUACACCAUUUGAUUUAGCACGAGCAAGAGAUCGUGACAUGAUCUGCGUGACACUGGCAGCCGCAGGAGCAAAAUAUGGAGACGACAAUUCCGACUCGGAUGAAUGAAAUAUUUCCU